GUACCAUUUGAAUGUUUUGAAUAUGAUUUACGGACAAAAUUAGAUCCCGUAGGUCGUGCUGGUCGGGGACUCGUCGAUAGGAGUUUUGGACCCGGUCAAAGUUCAUUUCCAGACAACAGUGUUAUUAUUAUCUAUUCUGUUCGGUGUCGUUUCGAUUAAUUUACUUGUUAUUCUUAUCGUAAUCAUAUUAAUUUUGUACAAAAUAUGUACAAGUUGUUUUUGUUUUCACUGUUUUCAGUCUUCGUCUUACUUAUUUUCGUCAACUUGUUUUCGUAAUCGAUCGGCCGAUAUUCGCUUUUCACGUAGUUCUAUUAUAGACACUUGGUAAACUUUUUUCGCAAUUUUUUGUCAAAGUAAAUGCGUACUGAAUAUCGGAAUAUUUUUACCUUCGUCUACUAACUUUUUAAAACUUUCCAAGUUUUUCGCGAAUGAUCGCGUGCACCAAAGCACUAAGUUUAUUCAAUGUCUUCAGAACAAAUAUUUUCUGUCAAAGACAAAGUCAUUGUAAAACGACGUGGAUAUCCUGCUUGGCCUGCCUUCAUAUCCGGUAUUAAAACUAACAGUGAAUCGCAACCAAUUUAUGAUGUUUAUUUUUAUGGAACUGGUAACUACAGUGAAUGUAAAUCAGAAGUACUCAGUCUAUAUGAAGAAAACAAGAAUAAACUAGGCAAAUCCCGAGGAAAAUUAAAGAAAUUCAAAAAAUUUGCCGAAGCUCUAGUACAAAUAGAAAAUGAUGCAAAAACUGAUUUUCAACUUGAAAACAAUGUCAAAGUUGAUGUUGAAGAAUCUAUGCCAUCAAUUUCCACAAAAAGCUUAAAUGAAAAAUUAUCUUUAGAAAGUGAAUCCAAAAAUGUGGAUGAAAUUGAGUUAAAUUUAAAAAAUGAAGAUAAGUUGGUUGAUGAGACAAGUCUAUAUAAAAAAAACAAGAAUAAACUAGGCAAAUCCCGAGGAAAAUUAAAGAAAUUCAAAAAAUUUUCCGAAGCUCUAGUACAAAUAGAAAAUGAUCCAAAAACUGAUUUUCAACCUCAAAAUAAUGUCAAAAUUGAUGUUGAAGAAUCCAUGCCAUCAAUUUCCACAGAAGGCUUAAAUGAAAAAUUAUCUUUAGAAAGUGAAUCCAAAAAUGUGGAUGAAAAUGAGUUAAAUUUAAAAAAUGAAGAAAACUUGGUUAAUGAGACAAGUUUAUCUAAAGGUAAAAAAGUUGUUAAAUCAAGAAAAAGAGUAUCUAAUUCUACAAAUUUAAAAAGAAAACUGUCCAAUGUCAGACACGAAGAAGUCUCAAAGAAGCUAAAAACUUCAAAAAUUAUAAUUCCCACAGAAGAUCAACCUAUAGUAUUGUUGGAACAAUUGAAUGAAAGUUUUUUAGCAAGAAAAAUUAAUGGAAAACAGAAUUCUAAAACUACAGAUAAAAAUAAUGCUGCCAAUGAUCAAAAUUCUGAAACUUUUAAUACAGCCGACGAAUCUGUGCUUGAAUCAAAUGACAUACCAUUAAAUUAUUGUGAAACUGCAGAAUCUCUAGAAAUGAAUAAUAGUAUUGCAUCAAGUAAUAAAAUUAUUUCAGAUUUAGGCCGUACAUCACGCUUUGGUCGUAAAAUCAAGUCAAACCGAUUACCUGACUGUGAAUUAGUUACCAAAGAGUCGAAACAUUUAAAACUAAAGAAAGUAGAUUCUCAAAUUUUAGAAACUAACAAUUCUGGCAAUGAUGAAACUGAUGAUGUUUUAAAACAAAAUGUCAAAAUUAAAGGCUCAAGAACAAAAGCAAGGAAUAGUUUGAAAGGUAAUGCAAUAUCAACUCCAUGUUCGUUUGACAGUACACCCCGAGAAAUUUCCCAAGUAAACAACAACAAACAUGAGAGAAUUCCACCAAUUAAUUUAAUUAAAAAUACCAUGGGUUCUCUUCCAAAUGUAGAAGUCGAGUGGAAAAAAAUGGAACCAAACAAAGUAGAUCAAAUUAAUUUGCUACUAACAGAAGUAAAUUUGCUUGAUUAUGUAAAUAAAUUAUGCUCUGCUUUAUCAAUUAACUAUAGCAAGUUAAAUUAUGAAAUGGCUUUAAAAUCAUUGGAACAGAUCAGUGAAUUACAAUUUAAUGCUCUCAUGUUAAAAAAACAUAGAUGUAUUGUUGAUAAAAUUACAAAAGUAACCAAGUAUGUAGGUGAUGUGAAUAAUUGGUGCUUAAACAGUCAAGAAUCUAUCGAACAUGUUAGUAAAGCAUACCAAAUUCGAUGCAAAGCUCAAAUGGUAUUAAAUAAAUGUAUAUCAUUAUUCACUGUACUCGAUGGACAAACAUUCCAAGAGGUAUACAAUCAUGAAGUCGAUGUAUUCAUCUCAAAUACUAAACAUUUGACCAAUGAUCAGAUUUAUGGUUGUACUUCAGAUAAAUUGUACAAAUAAUUUCUUAUUACACACUUGAAAAUAAGUGUAAGUUGCCACACAGUUUUCUGUAUUUUUAGUUUUUGAUUAUUUUGAAAUUUUGUUCCAUAAGUAUUCAUUUUUAAUUGUAACUACCAAGGAUAUUUAAUAAAUUUCAAGUUACAUCUUAUCAAAGUAAGACAAACAAGAUAAAUGUCAAAAUAAGAUGAUUCAUAAUACAGUAUUGAGAGUAAUAUUAUGAUUAUAGUUACAUUUAUAAUUUUUUGAAAAUGAUAUAAUAUUAUAUAUUUGUUGAAUUAAC